GAUUGCUGGUGGCGUAUUCGACGCUUAUGGGAUUGUCGCCUGAAUGUCUCCUUUGUGAACGACGGGAAGAUAAAUGUGAAAAGCUAUUAUGAAUUAUCAAGGCCUCCUGUAUCAUGGCUGGAUUUGUUACCAGUGAUGCCGUUUUGGAUCACAUUGUUCCAAACGCCGUUUUGAAUGAUGUAUUGGAUCGUGUUAAUUCUACCGAACGUUCUCUGUCAACAUCGCACAUCGCCAUUGCGAAUGACCUUGAAACCUGCACCACUGAUGAACUUUGUGAUGCAGGCACUGCAACAGUUCCCGAAGCGACAAAGAAGGAUGAACUUUUGCCCAGUUCUUCCGACAAACAGCCCUCGCUGGACGAGGUUACCCGAGCUUUGCUUCAACGCAAACAACCCUUGAUGGAAUUAGUGAGUUCGGAGGAAGGGUACGUUCGCCGUCUUCGCAUGGUCAGAGACUAUUAUAUGCCAAUUAUCUCCUCAGUAAAAGCGUCUUCUACCUCACACGGUGCGGAGAGUUCCGUCUUUUCCACGCAGCUUCCACCGUCGACUAAUCCUCCAGGCGCACCUGGAGAUCCUGCAGCGGCUCCCGUAAACCCACCUCCCAUACCCGAUGAUUUGGCUGCACGUUGGCGAAUCGUGUGGGGCAACUGGAUUCAAUUGUGUGAAUGGCAUUCCAGCUUUCUCGAGAAACUUAAACUUUUUGUUGAUUCUGAUCCCGAUAAGAUACCGAAAUUGUUCAUCGAUUCCAGGGCGAGGUUGCGUUCUAUUUAUUCAAAAUAUUGUGAAAAUCAUCGGAAAGCUGCCCUGAUAACAGAACAGUAUCGUGACUAUUUUGAGGAACUACGGGCCUACCUAAACGACAAGGAAGACGUCGUGUCCUAUUUGAUGCAACCGGUCCAACGAAUCAUGCGUUAUCAGCUGCCCAUGGCGGAGAUUGUAAAGUACACGCAGCGGGCCUGCUGUCCUGAGCUCUCGUUGUGGAAGAAGGCGUUGGACAUUAUGAAAGAAAUUCCGAAAGACACUCAACUCAUUCUCGAGGCUGCUCGUAUCGAGGGCUUCCCUGGUGUCAUAACCGCCCUAGGAAACAUUCUUAUCCGCGGUGAUUUGCUGGUGGCCACGACUACUCGAGAUCAGCUUUUGGAAGCCGUGACAGGGUACAGGCACAUCCUACAGGAAUGCUUCGAUGCGCAUCCCGCAUCGAAGCACAAUUCUGCAGCCCUUUCCACGCGUUCUACGGUUCCAUCAAGUCCGGGAACGUCUAUGGAUUCCACUUCGACCGGCAUUGUCAGUACUAACACAAGCGAACUGACAGCGUCGUCAGAGCUAACCGGCUUAUACACAGGAAAUUUGAAAUUUGUCGAAUCGCGUGUUUUUCUCUUCGAGCAAAUGCUGCUUAUCACGGAGGAAAAUAAACCAAAACGUCGUGUGACCUCAUCCGACACUUUUUCCCAGUCCACCUUCCUCUUCCGAUCUGCUACGAAUGUGAACAAAAUGCGUUACGAAUCGCAUUGGUACAACUGUACUCUGCAGAAUGGUCACACGAACGCGGACGCAGUUGCUGUAGACCAACUAUUGUCCACUGGUUUGGCUCCUGACGACUUCCGGUUCGCCAUACUGGACCAAACACCUGGGCGCGACACGGUGUAUGUGAUCGAUCCGGUUUCUUGCGCGAAUCGUGAGGCUUGGGUCGUUCAGCUGCGGGACAUCCAACGUAUGCAACACGAAUUCCUUCUUGCUUUGCAGGAUCCAAGACGGUUCAAAACUGGCAAGGGUGAUGACACAUGGAAUGUGGAUGUAUCUGAUACCACUGAUAGCGCACCUUCGCUACCCCAUCCAUGCUCUCCAACACAAGUGUUGACGGUCCACAACACUUCAGCGCAGCCGCAGCCACGGCAACGUAAGUGGCCCAGUUUCACAAUGAAGCGUCCCACUCGCCUUGGAUCCACCUCAUCGCCCUCUAAUUGCAACAGAGAAAGCCCCUCAUCCGCAGUCAAAUCGAACGCUCAAUCACCAUGCCCAGUGUUGGACCAGACGCCAUCCGGACGAGCGACCAAUCAGUUCACUCGUUCGCUAUCCGCUGAACGUGGACAUUUGGUACGCAUGAAGUUGGAUCUGAGUCCCAAUCCAUCGGAAUCCAAAAAUAUUUUAGACACCGAUCAAAAUGAAACAUUCUUCCGAAAAUCUUCUUUCAGCGCUAACAGCUCCUUGAAGGGCACCAUUCAGGUCCGAUGUACGGAUUCGCCAGCUUCCGUCUUCCCAGAUGCUAAUGUUUCCAAGGGCUCCACUGGUGCGAACAAAAAGCGUAAUGUGUUUGCCAAUUUGUUCACCCGAAAUAAAUCAAAGCAUCGUGGCAAACCUACUUCGCAUCAUCACCAACCAUCAUCCCGCCCUGCACCUCAACCGUCACUCCCAAUCGCUGACUCCAGCGAAGGAAACUGUGAUUGCUCCGCGACUGUUGAUGUCAACCUGACCACUGCUUCUUCUGCGGACACAGCCGGUGAGACGGAUACACCAAAUUCUUCGGACCCGGGCGUCUGAGAUAGCGUUCAUCAUCAACCUGUUCGCAGUAUUUGUUGCUCCUGUCAUCCCCAUCACCUUCAGCUUAAUGCGUUCCGCCUUUUCCGUCAACUUCGUGGCAAUCAAUACCAUUUCUUGAUCUCUUCUAGGGGGUCGUACGUUGUAUCCUUAUCAUUGACUUCCGGCAUUUGGUUGUGCAAUCAUAUUCUCGAGCGCAUUAUUCUUCCAACCUUGCCAGAAUCGUCUCUUCAUUUGUCUCGACCCAUCACUAAAUCAGAUACUUGUCCUUUCACGACUUUGUAGAAAAAUCAGUCUACCCUACUGACAAUUUUUCACCCUUCUCAUCUCCAUUUUUAUAUGUCCAUGUAGCAACGUACGUCUAUGACUUUUCUCAAACUUAUCUCCGCUCUUUGUGAUCAUACCUCGACCUUGGUACAUUGGCCUAUUCCGUCCAUUGUAUCAAAGUGGGAACCAUGUGUCCUUCCAGAAUGUCCCAAUCCGAGUUGCUCAUCAUUUUCACUGUGUGUGCGUGCGUGUGCGUAAAAGUUUGUUCUGCAUCUCCUUCGUUUGUACCAUGUAUCGUCCCACUUCUACCUCCUUCACACGCAGCGUCAUCAUGCUGUUUGUUGUUUACGCUCUGGAAUUGUCAACACACGAAUCCACAUUUGACUCACCCUCUCCUAUUGUAAUUCAUGCAUUUCUGUUUCAUUCGUUUACUGGUCAGUCCUCAGCUACUCUGCUUUUUGCUCGCACACGAUUGCUGUAUUUUAGCUUUCUCACUCCGUUAUUGUGUGUAGAAGUGACUCGCUAGUCCUCGAUAGAAUUCGCGAAGCAUUUUCCUCAUUUUAUUCCCCUAUUUCUUAUCCUUGUCCAUCCGCUCCUUUGUGGUUGAAUCUCCACCAUAUUCUUAGUCAUGUGGUACCUUCUUCUACUUAAUCUGAUAUUUGUUUUCCUAUAUCUCACUAUGCAACCACACGACGUCACUGAACUUGUUUGCCUGUCUGUAACCUGUUUAUUGUGAUUUCCUGGGGAAUAACAUUUCGUUCCACAGCCACUCCUUUUAUAUUGUCUGUAUUCGAUGCCCAUCUAUCGCAAUAUUUCAAAACCAGUUCUUUCGGAUCUCCAUUAACCACUCACAGUUGUUUAUAGUCGUGGAAUCGGUUUCGCUUUUUAUUGUUCUUUCCCCCAUUAUUGUACCAUAGCUGAUGCGUAUACUCACUUGAAUUUUGGUUUUUCUUCUGCCAUCGAAUCCGCGGUCACUUGCCCACCGGCGUAGUUUGUCUCACUUUGUUCACACUUGGACUUCUUGUGCUCCGCAUCACAUGUCUCUCUAACCCUCUUCAUUGCAAUCUCUUGUAGUAUUUUUCGUGUGCUCGCCACUGUUCACUUAUUUUCUGAACUUGAGCGAACCGUGGUUUUGCUUCUUUAGCACAUACUUAAUCCCUCGUUGUGUACGUAUAUCUCCUAAUGUGGGUAUCCGAAUGAUUAGUCGCCAUCCGGCAAAAAAUGGGGAACAAGCAUCCGUAAAACACUUCAAGACUCGAUUCCUGUUGGUCUUUCUUUAUUCCCCAUAAUCUGCUGGGAACACAACUGACAAACAGCUUCUCUGUUUCUCAAACGCCAAGGCAAUUCGUGGAUACAAUCACUAUAUGUAUUAUUCCUUCCCGCCCAUUCAGUCUUC